GUAAAUAACAUCAUGCAGCUUAUGUAGUUAUCCAUUGUAUCCCACUGGCAGCAUUGGAAACACAAAGACCAUUAGAGCAGAAAGCAAUGGUAAUGUGUUCUCAUUGGGUACUUUCGCUCAGUAACUGGUGAUUAGUGGUCAACCAUAGCAUGAUCAAGGCCAACAUUGUCAUUUUGUGGAUUGCUGUUUCGUUUACUGAAUACUUCUAGGGUCUUAUUAACUGAAGAUACACCGCACGCCAGGUCAGCAGCCUGAGAGCUUAGACCGAAAGCAAGAGUGCUGGCUUCGCACACGCUCGUUUCUUUGAUAGCUAAGGAGUAAACACUGUCAUCAUCUGAGACCAUGGAAGUUGCAGCACUGGGUCCUUUGGAAUACUACAUCAUGGGAUUGAUACUCACUGUGGAAGCUAUACUUGGAACAAUAUGCUGUGUUCGUCUUCUCCUGGUGUAUUUGAAAAAUCCAACCCUCCACCAACCGCAGAGUCUUCUAGGCAUCACACUGUGCAUUGGAGACUUGGGAAUAGCUCUGAUGUGCCCAUUUGCCGCCUUUGCAAGCUUCAGUGAAACCUGGCCAUUUGGAGAUGAGUACUGCCAGCUGUAUGCCUUUACUGGGAUGCUGUUUGGUACACUCAGCAUAUCAGCUAUGGCAUGCUUGGCUUUGGACAAAUGUUACUCAAGCUCAAACGAUGCUAAAGGGGGUUCUAGUCAGCCUUACAUCUUGAUUACAUCAAUCAUCUGGCUAAACGCCCUCUUCUGGUCACUAACCCCACUGAGUCCCAUCGGUUGGGGGCGCUAUGCCAUCGAACCGCCUAAAUCGACGUGCAUGUUGGACUUUGCAAACCGUGAGCCAUCAUACAUGAUGUACUUGUUCUUAAUGGCAAGCACGGUCUAUGCGUUGCCAGUAGGCGCCAUCUUAUGGUGCUUAGUGAAGCUCAGAAAGGGAAAAGAUCCAAACAACGGAAAGAGCAAGGUAUGUCUUUUGGUGUUGUUCUCAUUGAUUGUGUACUGGGGAGCCUAUGGAAUCGUAGCACUAUGGGCAGCACUAGAUGACAUACAUAAUGUCCCGCUCCGAUUGGUUGCUGCUGCUCCAAUCCUGGCCAAGAUCUGUCCAAUCGGAAACACUGUAAUGCAGGUGCUGACCAAUAGGAACAUCCGUUGUCUGAUGUACAGAAAGGAAACAGUUGCAUCCAACAAGAGGGAAUGAGGAGCAUAAUGCAGAAAAUAAUUUCGUGUUAUGAUAGGUCUAAUAAUGCCGGUGUUCUCCUUUUCUUUGCACACGCUAAAGGCCAUAUUUUGUUACACAGCAUUGUUUUUAUUUCAUAUCGUUAUUGUAGACUUGUAUUGCCAUUUAAGUUGCAAUGUCAGAUUUCCUUAGAUUUUUUUUUUAUCUGAACUAAGUUUGACAGAUGGUGCUUUUUUAAAACGAAAAAAAAACACAAAUUUCCUUAAACCAUGGAAAAAACCAAACGAAAAAAACCCACAAAUUUCCUUAAACCAUGGAAAAUGCACACAAUAUACAUUAAACAUGCAAACAAAAAAUCCACAAAAACUGCACAUGGCUGAUGGACGUGAGAUAAUUAAUGUCAGGAUUCUGGCGAUUAUUUCUUGCUUAAAUAUGACUGAAUAUACCACGAAGCAGCAGAUUGGUUUAUGUGCAAUUCCUGAAAUAAAAGCGUACAACUUUCUCAAAUCUAAUGGCUUUUUAAAGAUAUAAUUACAAACAUGGCAAUUUUAUCAUGUGUAUAAUUUCUUAGAGGUAACGCCCAUUAAUUAAUCAUUUUGGCCCAAAUGACAAUUGUCUGUUAACCAAUUAAUAUUCUUUAUCCCGGUGCAAGAUAAUUGUCUACUAAAUCAUUAUAUUUAUUGACCAAACCAACAGCGGACGAGCCGCCAAUUACAGGAAAGGAUAAUACACAAAUUAAAAACAUGC